AUGAGCUGGGGCUACCUCACACAUCUGCUGGAGGAGGUUCAUCGGCACUCCACCUUCCUGAGCAAGCUGUGGAUCACCACCUUCGUCAUCUUUCGCGUCGUUCUCACGACGGUCGCCGGCGAGUCCAUCUACUACGACGAGCAGGGCCGCUUCUCGUGCAACACGGCGCAGCCCGGUUGCGAGAACGUCUGCUACGACAGCUUCGCCCCGCUCUCCCACGUCCGCUUCUGGGUGUUCCAGAUCAUCGCGGUCGCCACGCCCACCAUCCUGUACCUCGGCUUCGCAGUGCAUCGCAUCACCAGGAUCGAGUACAAGCGAGACGAACAAACUAAGCGAGCCAAGCGAACCGGCGGCCCCGACCGCGUGAUUGAAGGCACGGAGAAAGAGGAGGAGGUGGAGGUGGAAGAGGAGGUGGAGGAGGAGGGUGAAGAAGACGGCGAGGGGAAGCAGCACAACGAGCGGUGGAGGAUCAAGACGGACGGCCUGAUGGUGGCCUACACCCUCCAGCUGCUGGCCCGCACGCUGGCCGAGGUUGGCUUCCUGGUGGGGCAGUACCUGAUGUAUGGCUUGGAGGUGGCCCCGCGCUUCGAGUGCGUCCGUCACCCCUGCCCGCACCGGGUCGAUUGCUUUGUGUCGCGCCCCACGGAGAAGACCGUCUUCCUUCUGGUCAUGUACGCGGUCGCCGGUCUCAGCCUCCUGCUCGAACUGUCCGAGAUUGCCUACCUGGGGCUGGGCACCAUCCACGACUCGCUGAGCGGGUGGCGCCCGCGCCGGCUACGGAGCAGGUGGGGGGCCUCGACGGCGCGGUUGGCCACGGUCGGCUAUGCGGGGGGAGGGGUGGGGGGCGGAAAAAGUUCGGCGCGCGGACGGAGGUUGUCGGCUUCGGCGUUGGAUCGCGAGAAACGAAAGCGUCGUCUCGUCAAAGCCGCCAACUUGUAG